CAGGGCUAGUCCUCACCAUGUACCUUGUUGAGAUAGCUUUUGGGGAUUCUCCUGCCUCCACUUCCCAUCUCCUGUUUGGAGCACACUGGGAUUACAGACCCACAUGCUACAGUGUCCGGCUUCUCGGCUUCUGGGGGUCUGAGCCCUGGUCCUCACGCUCGUGUGGCAAGGUAUGUUACCCACUGAGUCGUAUCUCCAACCCUUCAUCCCACCACGUUUUCAGACAGAAUUUCACCAUGUAGCCCAGCUGUCCCAAGCUUGCUGUCCUCCUGCCCCAGCUGCUCAAGUCCUGGGAUUACAGACAUGAUACUGGUCUUAGCAUUUCUGUUGGCCAUCUCUUGGAGUUUAGUCAGGACUGGGUACCAGUUCUGUAAAAACCAGGUAUUGUUUAUUGUCUGCUUACCACGAGUCCAAUGCUGUGCAGGGUCCUUGAUUUCUCUGUUUAACGUAGACAGUUUUUGACAUACAGCGAUUUAUUUUCCUUUGGGCCCAGGUCUUUAUCUGAAACCUGUACUUGACAUCAUGCGCUGUAGCGACCUCAGACCACACAGACGCUGACACGGAGAAGUGCGGCAGAGCUGAAGUGGCACCGGUGGGUUCAGAGGUGCCUCAUCCCUCCUGAAAGCCAAAGGAUUUGCAGCAGGAUCCUCUCCAUUUUCUACCAGAGACAUGAUGCCCCCAGACCUGGCUUCUGUAAUGGAGCCUGUACCUUCAGCAGCACACAGACAUAAAGCGUGUGUGGGCACUGGCUUGGCAGAGCUAAUUGUGGUGGUAGGGGGAAGGGAGUGCAUAGUGUUCCAAGCGCCUGGCCCCUAAAACAGCCUGGCCCUUCCCGGGAUAGUCUACUGUGGGCUCCAUCCCCCACAGUGCCGGGAGGAGGAGCUAUUCAAGGACAGUGCUUGUACUUCAUUAGCCUCAGUGUGUGCUGAUGCUCUUUUCAUGGGUAAUCAGGCCAAUAGCAUCCAGUUCUUUUAGCUCCGCUUGAAUCUAGGCCCUGUCCAGAAAACACGAGAUGCGUCUCUGCUGGGCCCGGUCCAACCCUGUGAAUCAUACCAACAUUCGAGCUUGAGCUCAGAGAGGAUUGGAAUUUGAGGCCAAAGAAGGCAAAAUAUUUCCCUUUCCCAUUCUUGUUAAGUUCUUCGGUGAUGGGUAAUGGAAACAGAUGGUCGUGGGUUCAAAUCCGGGCUCUGGUCUUCCUAUUCACCUACCUGCCUGUUCGCAUCACAGAGGGCUGUUGAGAUGGGCAGAUGGGCCAGAAUCCCCGGCUGAGUGAGAAUGUCAGAUACACAGUCCGGCAAAGGCCGUGCCCUUACUUGUUAGAGAAAUGGUCUCCUUUGCCGUGCUGUGAGGGUUAGAGGCCGUGCCCUUACUUGUUAGAGAAAUGGUCUCCUUUGCCGCGCUGUGAGGAAUAGAGACUAAGGCAUGGAGAUGGGAAUAGGAUGCCGGCAGAGCAAGGGUGAAAGAUCUGGAACCACUUUACCAGAGCCUUGUCUUUGGCGGUUUAGGUGGCCAAGUGGUUCCACAUCUGAUUUGUUAUCCUCAACCCUCUCCGAGAGUCAGGUGAGCCCUGCCUAAAGGCCAGAGCACUUUUGAAAGGUUUGCUUCACAGCCGAGGUUCCAAGUAGCACCCAAACCCAUCCCACCGCCUUCCCACCGUGAAGCCCCUGGCGCCAAACACUGUUGCUUCAGCUGCUUGUACUUAAUGCGCCUCUCCUUGAAACCGUUUUCAAUUCCUGGGAGCAAUAUGGUGCCGGAAGUGCUCCCUCCUCGCCCCCUUGUCUUUCUGUGUUUAGGACCUGUGUGCACGAAGAUUCCCGGCCUAAUUUACCAUCCUUCAAGGUUCACCAAGUUGUUGGCCCAUGGCCAAAGGAAUGAGGGCGAAUGGUGGGGCGGAGAACAAGGAAUUGUGUCGGGAAGGGGUCCAGCAGGGUCUUGGCUGGCGCCGCAUUAGCCACAGCCCAGGACCCCAGGGUGGGAGAGGGAACAGAAAGGCACUUGCGCCUGGAAUGGUUGCAAAAUCCUUCCAGGCAUGAGGAAGAAGCUGAGCGCGGAGGCAGUGGCUGAAGGAGCCUUCGGGCUCUGCUCAGGUGCGGGGGCCUGAGUGGGGAGCGGCCCCACCGCGCAGGCUGGCAGUGGGACGUGGUGCGCGGGAGGCACCCGCCUGGCCCCGGUCCGGGGGGCGUGGUGCGGCGGCCGCCGGGGCGGAGAGGGGCCGGGGCGGCGGCGCGGGCUCCCGGGAAGUGGGGCCUCGCCAAGCCCGGCGCCUUGGGCGCAAGCCCUCCCUUCCUCCCCGCGCCCGGCGGGACCCUGAGCCUGUGUCGGGAGAGGCCAGCGUCCGGCAGAAGCACGCGGGGCGGGGGCCAGGGGAGAGGCGGGGAGAGAGAACCCACAACAAAACUUGGCGUCGCUGCGCGCACGGCGCGACUUGAAUGACAGGAGCCCGCGGCCGCGGAGUGCAGCGGACACCCGGGAGCCUGUUCCGCCCACGGCGCGGGCGCAGCAGCAGGUGCCGGCAGAGGCCAGAGGUAUCAGAACCCCUGGAGCUGGGGUAUAGGUGGUUGUAAGCCGUCCCAGUGAGUGCUGGGCUCAGAUCUUCUGCAAGUGGAGUACUAUUCUUAACAGAUAAGCUUGUGGAUUUUUAUGGAGACCAGCCAAAGGUGAGGGAAGAAAGCCAGCCUGUCCAGCACCAUGGCCAGCAGCAGGGGCCUACCACUCCUGCUGCUGUUGCCCCAGCUGCUCCUGGGCCUUGUCCUGGCUGUGAGGGCUCCUGUGUUUGGCCAAAGUGACCUCCACAGCCUGAGCCCUGAGGAGAAUGAAUUUGUGGAGGAGGGACAGCCUGUGCUAGUCCUGAGCCCCGAGGAGCUGGAGCCAGGCCCAGCCACCAUCGACUGUCCCCGCGACUGUGCCUGCUCCCAGGAAGGUGUUGUAGACUGCGGUGGUAUUGACCUGCGUGAGUUUCCAGGUGACCUGCCCGAGCACACCAACCAUCUGUCCUUGCAGAACAACCAGCUGGAGAAGAUCUACCCUGAGGAGCUGGCUAGGCUGCAGCGUCUGGAGACACUCAACCUUCAGAACAACCGCCUGACUUCCCGAGGGCUCCCAGAGGAAGCAUUUGAGCAUCUGACGAGUCUCAAUUACCUGUACCUGGCCAACAACAAGCUCACCUUGGCACCCCGAUUCCUGCCAAACGCCUUGAUCAGCGUGGACUUUGCUGCCAAUUAUCUCACUAAGAUCUAUGGACUCACCUUUGGCCAAAAGCCAAAUCUGAGGUCUGUGUACCUGCACAAUAACAAGCUAGCAGAUGCCGGGCUUCCGGACAACAUGUUCAACGGCUCCAGCAACGUCGAGAUCCUCAUCCUGUCCAGCAACUUCCUGCGCCACGUGCCCAAACACCUGCCACCCGCCCUGUACAAGUUGCAUCUCAAGAACAAUAAGUUAGAGAAGAUCCCCCCUGGGGCCUUCAGUGAGCUGAGCAACCUACGGGAGCUGUACCUGCAGAACAACUACCUGACGGAUGAAGGCCUGGACAAUGAGACCUUCUGGAAGCUCUCGAGCCUGGAGUACCUGGACCUGUCCAGCAACAACCUGUCACGGGUCCCAGCGGGCCUUCCCCGCAGCCUGGUCCUGCUGCACCUGGAGAAGAACGCCAUCCAGAGCGUCGACGCUGACGUGCUGACUCCCAUCCGCAGCCUUGAGUACCUGCUGCUGCACAGCAACCAGCUGCGGGCCGAGGGCAUCCACCCGCUGGCCUUCCAGGGCCUCAAGCGGCUACACACGGUGCACCUGUACAACAAUGCGCUGGAGCGGGUGCCCAGUGGCCUGCCCCGCCGAGUUCGCACCCUCAUGAUCCUGCACAACCAGAUCACGGGCAUCGGCCGCGAGGACUUCGCCACCACCUACUUCCUGGAAGAGCUCAACCUCAGCUACAACCGCAUCACCAGCCCACAGAUUCACCGGGAUGCCUUCCGGAAGCUGCGCCUGCUGCGCUCCCUUGACCUGUCUGGCAAUCGCCUGCAAACCCUGCCUCCGGGCCUGCCUAGAAAUGUACACGUGCUGAAGGUCAAGCGGAAUGAGUUGGCUGCCCUGGCACGCGGGGCGCUAGCUGGCAUGGCCCAGUUACGGGAACUCUACCUCACAGGCAAUCAACUGCGGAGCAAGGCCCUGGGACCCCGGGCCUGGGUGGACCUUGCUGGUCUGCAGCUGCUGGACAUCGCUGGGAACCAGCUGACAGAGAUCCCCCAGGGGCUGCCCCCGUCCCUUGAGUACCUGUACCUGCAGAAUAACAAGAUCAGUUCUGUUCCCGCCAACGCCUUCGACUCGACCCCCAACCUCAAGGGGAUCUUUCUCAGGUUCAACAAGCUGGCUGUGGGCUCUGUGGUGGAAAGCGCCUUCCGGAGGCUGAAACAUCUGCAGGUCUUAGACAUCGAGGGCAACUUUGAGUUUGGUGACGUUUCCAAGGACCGGGGCCACAUAGAAGAGGAAGAGGAAGAAGAGGAGGAUGAAGAGGAUGAGGAAGAGGAGACGGGAUUGUAACAGAGUGACACAGAUCUGACCCAGGACGAUGGACCACCGGACUCCUUUCUGCAGCCCAGGCCUGUACCCCACGAGCAUCCCCUUCUGACACACCCAACGCUGAGCCCAAGGGGCAUCCGAAUGCCACAGGCUGAACACAAUCUCCUGUCCCACCCCUUCCUGUAAUACGCCACACAAUCAGACACGUGCAGAUACCACACCCCUAGCUUGGCUACAGAUAGCCAGCUGCACAUGACCAUCCAGACUGGCUGUCUUCACAGUCCCACACCAACACACACACACACACACACACACACACACACACACACACACACACUAUACACCCUGACCUCUGUGUCCACACUGGCCUGGUACACUCAGGCAACUGCUCUCUCCCCAAUUUACACACACAGAGUGACCUAUGGCACCGAAAGUUCCUGCUUCUGGCCAGCUCUGGCCGUUAACAGUUGGCCACGUGCCUUGUCCUCUGUUGUCCCUCCCUUGGAGACUGGGGGUUGUCUCCUUGCUCCGUGGCCAGGUGCUUUCUCUCUCUGAGACUCACAAAAGCUGGCUUUUGUUUUGUGCCUUCCCUCGGGGAUGGGAACCUUCGAACUUCUACCAUGGCCUCACCCCUUCCCCAGGUGCUGGGGCAGUCCCACCACAGGGAGCCCCUUUUGGAUGUGCCCUGGCAGGCCACAGGCACUUUCUGAGGACAAUCUCAAGAAGGAGGGGGAGGGAAAGGAGGCAGCUGUGCUUGGUGGGGGUUGGGGGUGGCACAGCUGCGUUGGUCUUCAGUUCUGCAGGGAAGUUCUGGGUACCUUUGGUUUUGUUUAAGGAGAAAAAUAUAUGAAGAUAAAAGUCUCAAAACUGAUUUUUCCUGUUACAGAAAAACUAAUAUAAAGUAUUACCCCUGCCCUUGCA